GCGUCGUCAGCGGGGUGCUUACUGAGCAAAGCUUCUGGUCUGAGUGAGACGCCUGGUCUGAGUGAAGCCUAUGGUCCGAGAGAUGCCUCUGGUGUGAGUGAAGCCUCUACUGCAAGGGUCACAACGCCUGAUAGCAGUUACCUCGUCAGUUCACCAUCAAGAGGAGCGACUACGUAUCCAUGCUCUACAUUUCCCUGCGCUGGGACAAUACAGAAAAUAACACCAAAGACGGAAACUCUUCAAGUUUAUAAGAUCGAAGACUUAUCGCCUGUUUACUCAGAAGACAUACACCAGAAGGACAAGCGCCGUCUAGCGACAGUAUUCUCUCCCUCACCAUCCCUGACACCCCUCGCCUCAACACCACUUUUAUCCGCCGCCUCUUCCUCUUAUUCCACUCCUCCCACAGAUCCUUAUUUUUUUACUUCUGCUCCUACUGCCUCUCAUCGCUGGUCUUCAUAUUCCCCGGCAUCAUCGUCCAGGUCUUUCCUUCCAACGUAUUCUCUGGCUUCUGUUUACCCAGCUUCGUCCUCAACAUCGGCUGUAAGCAGGUAUCGAAGAUCUCCGCCUGUUUCACUUCCGCCAUAUUUAUCUCGGUUCCUAUCAUUACAUACAUGGACGAGCCCACCGUCUACUAGUGCUGCCAUCUCUAGGUAUAAUCAAGAUUCUUCUCCCUCUUCAUUAUCUCAUCAGAUCCCAAGAAACGAUUUCUCCAUCGGAAGACGUACCUCACUCUACCCAGAGGACUCUCUCGUCACACAAAGUCUACCUGACUUUCUCCUUCCCACUGAGGGCAGAAGAGCCCCCCUGUCUUCUGAUGACACAACAGACAAUGCUGCUUAUUCAUCCCUACCUUUAAGAGAUAUUCCUCUAUCAUUUCUGACACCGUCAGCUAUGAAGUCAGCAGUACCCUCCAUUCCUUCCGCAGUUUCUCAUCCGUCAUCACUUCGAACAAUACAUCAUUCAUAUAAUUCCAGUCAUGAACCCUAUCCCUAUCCACCUGACUCCCUCGCUUCCUAUUUUGCCCAUCCCUUCCAUCUUCUCAACAUUUCUUCUCUAUCCGAAAUUCCUAAUAUUUUGUCGCUAGGAUCCUUUCCCUUUCCAAUCCCCGUUUCACAAACUGGAGAGGAUAGUAGCCAAGUGAGGUCUAACUCAGCGGGGGCAAAAGAGAACUCACUGACCGCCAAUGAUAAUUUGAUCUCGGCUAUUACGAACUUAUUACUUCGUGAUAACCUGUCCAAAAAUGCUGGUACUGCAAAGAUAACGGAAAAUCAGGCAAAUUCUUCGGAGAUAAUUUCAGGAAGUGAUGAUACAGGCUUGACUUCUAAUGAUAACAAAUUGUUAACAGAGACAGAAUUAAGGAAACUUAUUUCUCAACGUUUCGAACCCAUUUUAUUAAGUAUGAAAAAUAGACAAUCGUCUGAAGGCAACAGGGAAUUUCCUUUUCAUGAAAAUCCGGGAAGAAGCACAAUGCCAUAUUUGGCAUCACGAUUGCAUCUACAAGGUACACCACGAGCACCAAUCAUACAGAAGAUGGUAUGGGAAAGUAACUCACAGCCUGAACGGUUACGUUUCUCUGAAGCUGACGCCCUGCACUCCAACCUGAAUAAAAAUAUUUUUUACAAUUAUUUAAGCAGAAUUUACCAACCAGAGAUCCACAACAGCCAAUACAUGGUAGGGAAGGUGACAGUAAAAUCAGUAAUAGCAAAGACUCCUGGCUAACAGCUGAAGUUGACUUGGGUGUGAUGGGCACUCUUACCCUGGACCUUGGUGAUUACCUUAAUGAUGAAAUAUACUUAGAUGUAGAUAUUAAUGGUCGUGUAAGAUCCAUGGGAAACAACAUCUCCAGCUCAAUCAAUAAUAGCGAAUCUGAUUCCUCGUUCGGUAAAGGAAUUUUUAAUAAUGACACGCUACGAGAGACUCUAAAUCUGCUUCAAAAAUCCGGGUUGGUACGUUCAGAAUCUAAUAUUAAACCGGAAAAUAUCGACCAACUCCGGUCAUGGCUUGCUCGGAUUUCCGGCAACACACAGGCUGAUGCUGCACAAAAUAAUGUGCGUCAGACUGAGGAUACCACCCCGCCUCUUGAGGUCCAUCUUACAUUCUCCUCCCCUGUCAAUAAAAGCAUGCUAGUCCAGCUCGCCAACAUCCUUAAAGAGAACACGUCAAGUGUCAACUUCCACCACCUCCUCAAGCCUCUUAUACGUCUGAACGUCACGUCCGGGAGAGAAGCAGCGGACACUAAAUCUUCAGGAGCUACCUCCCGCUCACGUCUAACUCGUGCUUAUUAUUACUAUCAUCGACCCGGCCAGCAAGUACCCCAAGACAGGGACUCAGUGACCUCACUUAGUACUGAGGACCUCAGAAACCUUCAGGGCCAAGAACAGUCGCUUCAAGAUAAUACCAACAGUUUGAAUAACAUUUGGAAAAUCAUCCCAUCAGUUCGUUUGAACUUGGACAAUGAGACCAGGAACUCGAUGCACAACGAGCGUUCUUUGCGAGCUUUCAUGAAGAAUGCUAUUUUAUUCUGGAAUUCGGCUUUGAGACAAGCGGAAGAAAAAGACCUGGACGAAGGCACAAUAAAACCAAAAGCUUUUAACUUAAACAACCGGCGACCAUCCUUGCCGUCCACUGAACUUACAGCGCCAUCAGAAGUGAGAGAAAAUUUUCAGGAAACUCAAGUGGAACCAGUGGAACAGUAUGCGAGGUCAUUGGAACAGUAUGCAAGACCACUGGAACAGUACACGGGGCAGCAAGAAGAGUACGUGGGACAACUAGGAAAAUUUAUAAAACCUUCAAAAGAAUUCACAAAUCAGCCAAGAACACACGUCAAUCCUCUGAAUGCAGAAAACCAGCCCGUGAAAGCAUUUACCAACUCGGCUUACUGGGAAAGGAACAGAAAUCAACGGAAUGUCUGGGACAGAAACUGGGGUCAACAGAUUGAUUGGAAUAGGAACACGAACCAACAGAUUGAAUGGAAUAUGAACAGGAAUCAACAGGCUGAUUGGAAUAGGAACAUAGGUCAAGAGGCUGACUGGAAUAAUUACAGGGGUCAACAGGAUAACUGGAAUAGGAACAAGGGUCAGCAGAUUGAUCUGAUUAGGAAGAGUAAUCAACAAACUGCCUGGGAUAGGAACAAUAAUCAAAAGACCGACUGGAAUAAGAACAGUGAUCGACAGGCUCUUCAGGAGAGAAUCAGAGAUCAACAGGCUGACUGGGUCAGAAAGAAUGAUCAACAGGAUAACUGGAACAUUAACAUGAAUAAGCAAACUAUUUGGGACAAAACCAGGGAUCAGCAGGAUGUUUUGGAUAAUAACAGGGCUAGACAGGCUGUUUGGGAUGGUAACAGGGCUAGACAGGCUGUUUGGAAUGGUAACAGGGCUAGACAGGCUGACUGGGAUGGUAACAGGGGUAGACAGGCUGACUGGGAUGGUAACAGCGCUAGACAGGCUGUUUGGGAUGGUAACAGCGCUAGACAGGCUGUUUGGGAUGAUAACAGGUCUAGACAGGCUGUUAGGGAAAGUAACAGGGCUGGGCAGGAUGUUUGGGAUAGUAACAGAGCUAGGGAUAGGAACAGGGAUGCUGUUUUGGAUAGAAACAGGGAUCAGCAGGCUUUCAGAGAUAGGAACAGACACAAUAACGCACCUUGGAAUGGGAAAGACAAUAAUGAGGCAGUCUUGAAUGUAAACCGUGACACUCAGAGUAGCUGGAAUGGGGACAGGGAUAACAGUGCUGUCUGGAUUAGGAAGAAUAAUCAGGAAGCUUCCAACAAGGACAGAGAACAACAGAUUAUCCGGGGUAUGGACAGAAAACUUCAAAUUGUUGAAGAAAGAGAAGCUCUUCAGGCCAGCGGCGAGAGAACAGGAGAUUUACGUCAUGUAAACUACAGUGACGAAAUAAAUAAAGAAAGACGAAUAAAUCGCCGUAUUGCUCCUGCAGAGAGAAUAUUCCAUUAUAGUGGUGGAGGAAAAGGAGAUAUUCUAAAUGGUGGAGAUUUCGUCGCAAAAGGGGAAGAUUUCUUCGGAAAUGGUAGAGAUGGAAAAGAUAGAAGAGACCUUGAGAAUGAAGGAGUUGGGGUACUUAGGAAGAAUCUUAAGAAUAGUGGAGCUGGAGGAGUUAGGGAAAAUCUAAAGAACAAUGGAGAUGGAGGAGCUAAAGAAGAUCUUGGGAAUAAUAGAGAUGGAAGAGUUAGCGAAGAUCUUGAGAAUGUAGGAGAUAGUGUAAUUAGUGAGGAUCUUAAGAACAGCGGAGCUGUUCUUAAGAUUAGGAAAGAUCUCAAAAAUGCUGGAGACGAAGACAGUUUUGAGGCUCGUGAAGAAGAAAAACAUCUCAAAUUUAAUCGAGAAAUUAAAAAUCGGCAAGGAAACGAAGAUGCAAGUGCUUACAUUGCUGCUUUAUAUGAAAGAAACCUUAAAGAAGACAGAGAUAAGAAAGAUCCAAGAAUCGACGGAGACAAGAUGCAUUACCAGACUCGAGAGGACAAAAGAGGAGACCUGGAGAAUGGAGCACAGAGGUGGAUCCCCAAGAUUUCUUGGUCAUUUAGAGGCUCGCAGCAGGUCAACGGGAACUCUUUAGUUGACCCCUUUAUUGUCGUGGAGGCUCCAGACCUCUACCGGCGACUGUGACCUCGCAUCAUGACCGUGACCUCGCAUCAUGAUUGUGACCUCGCAUCAUGACUGUGACCUCGCAUCAUGACUGACUUCGCAUCAUGACUGACCUAGCAUCAUGACUGUGACCUCACUUCAUGACUGUGACCUGGCAUCAUGACUGUGACCUCACUUCAUGACUGUGACCUCGCAUCAUGACUGACAUAGCAUCAUGACUGUGACCUCACUUCAUGACUGUGACCUGGUAUCAUGACUGUGACCUCACUUCAUGACUGUGACCUCACUUCAUGACUGUGACCUCGCAUCAUGACUGUGACCUGGUAUCAUGACUGUGACCUCACUUCAUGACUGUGACCUCACUUCAUGACUGUGACGUUCCCAUCUUGAAUGUGACUUAACACAAAGGUAAUAAUAUAUAGACAAGAUAUAAAACUAGCAUAUAUUGUAUGUUCAUUAUAAUUUUCACUGCUAUUGCUUCUAAUUAUUUUAUUUUGUGCUCAACUCUAUUAUAAUUUACAUAAAAUUAGUUGUAAACACAAUUAUAAAUGGAUGCAUACAUAUAUCACCCUAGACGUCGUUUUUCACAGAAAUUUGCACACUGUUAUACAAUAAAAGUAUAUUACAGAGGAAAUUAUUUACUUACCAACAAAAUAACUGCACUGUGUACUUAAAAAAAUCGAUGAGUUUGUGGGUGUUGAGCUCCAAGUCUGGACUCGUUCCAUAGUUUAUAUAGGCUGAUGUGAUCUAUGGGUGAGUGUGAGUUGGACUUGAUUAGCUUGGACCAGUAGGCCUUCUGCAGUGCUCCUUUAAGUUUUUUCCUACGUCGCAUUCAGACCCGUGAACGGUUUUAGCUUUUACUAGCCCCUUUAAGUCAUUGAGCUUCUAUAUUGUCCUGAUGCUGAAUAAAUACUUAUUAAACUUCUCUAUGACUCACCUGUGUGAGAUAUUUAGAGCUUCUCUAUGACUCACCUGUGUGAGAUAUUUAGAGCUUCUCUAUGACUCAUCUGUGUGAGAUAUUUAGAACUUCUCUAUGACUCACCUGUGUGAGAUAUUUAGGUUAUUUUGACCAAUUUCUACUUAGAGAAGCAAAGUUAUACUGUGUAUAAACGGUUUAUAAAAGCGACAAGUUGAUAAACGAGACGCUAUAGUGCAACAUUUGGUAGUCUUUAUUCUGGGAACGUUACCUCAUACUCCUCAUCUUCCACCCCUCAAGGAAGGCUCCUUGACGCUGGUGAGGGGCUCUUGAUCUAGGGAAUUGGAUCUGUGCUCCAGUUCCCUGAAUUAAGCCUGAAUGCCUUCCAUCCCCCCAUAGGCGCUGUAUAAUCCUACGGGUUUAGUGCUUCCCCCUUGAUUAUAAUAAUAAUAAUAAUCCUCAUCUUCCACCUUUCGCUGCAUUAGACUGAAGAAGCCACUGCGUGGAGAAACGUUUCCAGAAUAAACAUUCCCAAAUGUUGCACUAGUGUCUCAUUUAUCAAAGGUAUGCUUCAUUUUAUUUAAUUACCAGUGUUUGAUGAUGACUGCAGUCGUUGUAGCACACACUCGUGGAUCCCAUUACAACAGUCUACCUGUCCAUAAAAACUUUUUAGCGGCUGCUGGCAAGCAGUUGUUUGUUUACAAUCGUUGCCUCUUGCUAUCUUUGUUGAUAGUGACAAGAAGUCUGUUUAUUUCUUCGUAUCUCGGUAGUCUGGUCUUAUUAUUUGUUUUUCUUUUCUUCUAUAAACAAAGGAGAGUAUGUUCAGUGUUUUCCGUCUCGGUACAUAAUUUAUGUUUCAUACAUCUGGGACCCAAUUUUUCGUCGGCAUUUGGAUUUUAGUUUGGGUGUACAUGCUAAAAGUCCCUUGUACGUAGAGCAUUAUGGGCAGGCUUAAAAUUAACUUAAGAUUAACUAAGCAAUAUAUUCAGUGGUAAAAAUUACAGUAAACAAAUUACAUCAUGAAGUACAAGUGAGUAUUUAAAAUAAGAAGCAUUAAAGUUGUACAAAUUUGUAGCACAGAGUUAAAAGGUAAACUCAAGUCUACAUAUACAAGCCUAGUAAAGUUUAUUAUACCUUAGUAUUCAAUUUUAAAUCCUUCGCUGGUAAAGUUUACAUCUUUAAAAUAUCUUGAUAACCAUGUGCAAAAUAUUGCCAACAUUACUUUUUAAUAGAAUAUUUAUUUAGAAAAAUAUACCGUGUAUCGUUAUGUUAAAAGUAGAGAUACUUGCUUUC